CUCGAACCAGCCAAUCGGAAUGCGGAGUCACCGGGAAAUUUAAAUUGCGCCGGCCGGCGGCACGAGCCACACGGUCUUUGAGCUGAGCCGAGGUGGUCGCUUUUAGCGCAGCCUUCCCACAGCCGCGGAUCCCCGCUUAAGCCUCCUGUGGAAGCCCGGGCCCGCUUCGCAGCUUUCUCCCUUUGUCUCAUAACCAUGUCCACCAACGAGAAUGCACAUACACCAGCUGCCCGUCUUAACAGAUUCAAGAACAAGGGAAAAGACAGUACAGAAAUGAGGCGUCGCAGAAUAGAAGUCAAUGUGGAGCUGAGGAAAGCUAAGAAGGAUGAGCAGAUGCUGAAGAGGAGAAAUGUAAGCUCAUUUCCUGAUGAUGCUACUUCUCCACUGCAGGAAAACCGCAACAACCAGGGCACUGUAAAUUGGUCUGUUGAUGACAUUGUCAAAGGCAUAAAUAGCAACAACGUGGAAAAUCAGCUCCAAGCUACCCAAGCUGCCAGGAAACUACUUUCCAGAGAAAAACAGCCCCCUAUAGACAACAUAAUCCAGGCUGGUUUGAUUCCAAAAUUUGUGUCCUUCUUGGGCAGAACUGAUUGUAGUCCCAUUCAGUUUGAAUCUGCUUGGGCACUCACUAACAUUGCUUCUGGGACAUCAGAACAAACCAAGGCUGUGGUAGAUGGAGGUGCCAUCCCAGCAUUCAUUUCUCUGUUGGCAUCUCCCCAUGCUCACAUCAGUGAACAAGCUGUAUGGGCUCUAGGAAACAUUGCAGGUGAUGGCUCAGUGUUCCGAGAUUUGGUUAUUAAGUACGGUGCAGUUGACCCACUCUUGGCUCUUCUUGCAGUUCCCGAUAUGUCAUCUUUGGCAUGUGGUUACUUACGUAAUCUUACCUGGACGCUUUCAAAUCUUUGCCGCAACAAGAAUCCUGCACCUCCGUUAGAUGCUGUUGAGCAGAUUCUUCCUACCUUAGUUAGGCUCCUGCAUCAUGAUGAUCCAGAAGUAUUAGCAGAUACCUGCUGGGCUAUUUCCUACCUUACUGAUGGUCCAAAUGAACGAAUUGACAUGGUCGUGAAAACAGGAGUUGUUCCCCAACUUGUGAAGCUUCUAGGAGCUUCUGAAUUGCCAAUUGUGACUCCUGCACUACGAGCCAUAGGGAAUAUUGUCACUGGUACAGAUGAACAGACUCAAGUUGUGAUCGAUGCAGGAGCGCUUGCCGUCUUUCCCAGCCUGCUCACCAACCCCAAAACUAACAUUCAGAAGGAAGCUACAUGGACAAUGUCAAACAUCACAGCUGGCCGUCAGGACCAGAUACAGCAAGUUGUGAAUCAUGGAUUAGUCCCAUUCCUUGUCAGUGUUCUUUCUAAGGCAGAUUUUAAGACACAAAAGGAAGCUGUAUGGGCUGUGACCAACUAUACCAGUGGUGGAACAGUUGAACAGAUUGUGUACCUUGUUCAUUGUGGCGUAAUAGAACCGUUGAUGAACCUCUUAACUGCAAAAGAUACCAAGAUUAUUCUAGUUAUCCUGGAUGCCAUUUCAAAUAUCUUUCAGGCUGCUGAGAAACUAGGUGAAACUGAGAAACUUAGUAUAAUUAUUGAAGAAUGUGGAGGCUUAGACAAAAUUGAAGCUCUGCAAAACCAUGAAAAUGAGUCUGUGUAUAAAGCUUCAUUAAACUUAAUUGAGAAGUAUUUCUCUGUAGAGGAAGAGGAAGAUCAAAAUGUUGUGCCAGAAACUACCUCUGAAGGCUAUACCUUCCAAGUUCAGGAUGGGACUCCUGAGACCUUUAACUUUUAGAUCAUGUAGCUGAGGUAUAAAUCUGUUGUGUACUAUGUUUGGUAUUUUGUCUUCCUGUUUCUCUACGAAGAACUCCUUUCUAAAUGUGGUUUGUUAUUGUAGCACUUUUUACACUGAAACUAUACUUGAACAGUUCCAACUGUACAUACUGUAUGAAGCUUGUCCUCUGGCUACGUUUCUUAUUUCUUUGUGGAAUUUCAUAUCUUGCAGCCUCCUGUAAAUAAACAUUAAAACCCACCCUUUAUUUCACCAUGCCUAUGUAUUGCUUUCUAAUUUGGGAUGUUUAAUGUUGCAAGUGAAGGAUAACCUAUCCAAACUGAUACGAUUAAUCAGAGGCAGUCCUGGUUGCAGUUUUUUAGAAGUAUGAAUAAAAUUUUCCAGAAACCCUCA